AUGUUUCUGGAAUGGCCCAAAUAUGAAUCCCUGCGUGGAUUUGUCCAGCUCAAAAAGAGUUUCAUAUUGAAUAAGUUUUUCUUGACCGCAGCUAGUUACAGGGAUCAACCAAAUGUCAGUAGAGACGUCCGGAAAAGCUGGCGUGGAGUACUAGUUCGAUGCACAUCGAGACUCAACUUCACUGCUUACUUCAACGAAGGCAUAUAUUUGGACUUUGUUGAGAAGAAUGUGCCCACUUACACUCCGCAGGGAAAAUUUGAUCAUACAGAAGUCAUUGCCGAAGAGGUAAUGAGAAGGAGAGAUAUCCUUUGGGAUAACGCCAAUAAUAGGCUCCCGAAUUUGAACGCAAGAAGAUCCGCGGCUUGGAAGCAAGUUAGGAACGGUGUGUUUACGAAAUGUGAUAGAGACAUGACAGUUGACCAAAUCAAAAGUUACCGCACGGGAACAGGCGGUGGUGUCGACAUGGAGCUCGAGAGAGCCAUAGGAAGGGGGAUGGCAAUGAUGUCAGAGAAUGACGACCAAAUAGCAAAAUCACUUGGACGCGAAGCAAGUUUUUGCGGAUUGCGAUCCGCAGAAAGUACUGUUUGUGCAGACGAGCCGGCCUCCAGCAGUCAACAACUUCACGCAGAGCCCACAUGCGCACUCCCUCCAGAUCCCUCAAAGGAUUGUGAGCAUUCUUCCACAGAAUUAUACCACCAACUUUCCACGUUUGAAAGUGAGACGGAUGAUGACGAAAUUGUACCACCACGAAAAAAACCCCGCAGAACCCAACAUCAGUUUCUCGAAGAGCAAAGAGAAGUACUUCGAAUGUUCUCAUCCGUGAAAGACGUCUCAUGUUCUCUGCCUGUACCACCCGAGACCAAAGAGUAUCCGCUAUUCAUCCCAACCGAUAGUGCUAGUGAUAGGCAAGAUAAAGGAGAUUUGAGCAAAGAAUCUCUCCUGCCUUAUACGAUGUCGUUUUAUCGCAAGCGCAUGAGAGAUUUGAGGGCUGCGGAUAGCGGAUUAGAGAGAAUAGAUAUGACGACUGAUACUGCACAUCGACAGAAGUCGAGAGGAGGUUAA